AUGCGUUUCCCCAACUCGGCUGGUCCGUCCCUCCUCCUUCUCCCCCUCCUCGCUUCUCAGGCAGUCGCGGCCCCUUCUCCUCGUCGCCAGUCCUCGCGCUUCCGCAAGGUCCACGCUGAGCGUGCAGGCGCACCCAUCCCGUACGCUUGGAACCACCUGGCCGACCCUCCUCCCGAGGUUGCGGCGCCCAGCGCCAACGCUACGACAUCGGUUGCGGACGAGCCUGCUGCUACUGGCAACUCGACCGCCCUCCCCAGCGUGAGCGCCAACGCCACCGAGAGCGCUACCUCUUCCGUCUCGGCCUCGGAGACGGCCUCAGUGUCGGCAUCGCUCAACGCCACCGUGUCCGCCACCGCUGGCCCCAACGCCACCGUGUCGGCCACGGACGGUCUUAACGCCACGGCGUCGCCCACGGACGGUCUGAACUCGACCGCCCUGCCCACGGCCUCGGCCAACGCCACCGAGCCGGCUGACCCCUCUGCGUCUGCGACGGAGAGUGCGACGUCGACCUCGUCUGACUUCACCAUCCCCGUUGGCUCCGCCCCGACCGACGUCCCCGUUCCCAGCUACCCCGACCGCAACAGCACUGGCAGCGAGACGGUCCCUAAUGCGCCCGACCAGCCUGACGCGGCCAUCUCGGCCAUCCAGUCGGCUGCUGAUACCUUCAGCACCAUCACGUACACCCAGUAUGUGCCCGCGGCCCCGACCGAGACCCCCAAGGGUGGCAUCGAUGGCGACGUCAAGUCGGCGGCCGAUGCCUACAUCCAGUCGGUUCUCAACGACAAGAUUGGCCACGCCCUCCCUACGGUUACCCUCGAGGUCGUCCUCCAGCCAACCCUCGAGGCUGACGGCACCUGGGACUAUGUUGUUAUCAUUGGCCACGACGGCAAGGCUACCGCUUCGCCCACGUUCCUCACCUCGACGGCGGCGCCUACGGCUACUGCAUCUUCCCCUGGUGGUGGUCUCUCGGGCCUUCCCCCUCCCCCCGCUGGUAACAACAAUGAGGAGCCUCCCCCCGCUGUGACGACCUCGGCCGACACCAACCCCACCCAGACUCCUUCCAGCCCGUACCUUGUUCCCGCGAGCAGCGCCAACUACGGUGGUACCGCCGUUCAGGCUGCCCCUACCCACGCGCCUCCUCCUUCGUGGACCCCUCCCGCCGCUCCUUCUACUGCCCCCCAGCCUUCGGCCGGAACCUCAAACCCCGGCUCAGGCUCGGGCUCGAACGGCGUCGACCCCAACGACGCGAACAACGCUGGAAGCAACGACAACGCCUCGCCCGACACUGGUGCUCAGCCUUCGUCUAGCCCCACUCAGAGCCCCGUUGACCCCGCUGCCCCCUCGUACCCUUCGCACGGCGGCGACUCGACUCCUGACAAUGGCUCGGCUGACAAUGGCUCGUCUCCGGACACCCCCGCUCCCUCGGAUGCUCCUUCUAACGGCGGUAGCGACGGUGGACCCUCGUUCCCUCCCCACGAGGCCCCCACCUCGUCGUCCACCGACGCUCAGCCUACUGGCAACCCCGGCCACAACUACCCCUCUGGCUCGCACCCCGAGAACCCCGUGCCCUCGUCUUCGGAGGAGUCCUCGGCUCAGCCCACCGCCGCCCCCUCUGACGGUGCUUCUGCUUCGCCUUCGGACCCCGCUCCCUCCGCCUCGGCUUCUGAGUCCGCCGCUCCUUCGGACCCCGCUGCCUCCGGCUCCGCUGCUCCCUCGGACGCUGACCCUUCGGCCUCGUCCACGUCGGUUGACCCCUCUGCUACCCCCUCUGGCAACGUGACGUCCUCGGUCGAGGCUUCGGCCACGGGCUCCGAGUCGGCCCAGCCCACUGGCACUGCCUCUGUGGACCCCUCCAGCUCCGCAUCGGUUGACCCUUCGGCCUCGGCUUCCGAGUCGGCUGCUCCUUCAGGCGCCGACCCCUCCGCUUCUGCCACGCCGACUUCGGCGGCUGACCCCUCGGCGACCCCCUCGGCUUCGGUCGACCCCACUGCCUCUUCGUCCGCCGAGUCUUCAUCUGUUGACCCUUCUUCGACUGGCUCUUCGAUCUCCGCUGAGCCUACCAGCGCCAACGGUACCCAGACUGCCGAGCCCACCGGUGCCAGCUCGACGGCGUCGGUGGACCCCACCGCCUCCGUUUCGGAGUCUGCUUCCGCCUCCGAGUCGGCGUCGGCUUCUGAGCCCGCCUCUGCUGCUCCCUCAGCCUCUGCCACCGAGUCGGCGUCGGCUUCUGAGUCCGCCUCUGCUGCUCCCUCAGCCUCUGCCACCGAGUCGGCUUCGGCUUCGGAGUCCGCUUCCGCCACCGAGUCUGCCUCCGCCACCGAGUCCGCUUCCGCCACCGAGUCUGCCUCCGCCACCGAGUCUGCCUCUGCCACUGAGUCUGCCUCCGCCACCGAGUCUGCCUCUGCCACUGAGUCUGCCUCUGCUUCGGCCUCCGAGUCGGCUUCCGAGUCUGCGUCCGAGUCUGCGUCUGCUACUCCCACCAGCUCGAGCAACUCUGACGCCCCUACUGGCACUCCCACUGGUUCGGCGGUUCCCACCAACGACAACGGCAUUGCCACCGAGACUGCCACCGAGUUCACCACCGUCAACAUCACCCUGACGCGCGAGGCCACCACCUCGGCGACGCCCACCGCGUCCGUGAACAUUACGUCGUCUGCUCUCCCAACCGACUCGGCCUCGGCUUCGUCGUCGGUUGACCCUUCGGCGUCGGCUUCGUCCUCGGCUUCCGCCUCUGCGUCGGCUUCUGAGUCUGCCUCUGCCUCUGCCUCUGCGUCCGCUUCGGCUUCGGAGUCGGCCUCUGCUUCCUCCUCCGCGUCGGCCUCGGCUACUGAGUCAGCUUCUGCCUCCGCCUCGGCUUCGGCUUCCGCGUCUGCCUUUUCCUCCGAGUCGUCGGCUUCGGCUUCUGCCACUGAGUCUGCCUCUGCUUCGGCCUCCGCCUCUGCGUCGGCUAGCGAGUCUGCCUCUGCCUCGGCAUCGGCUUCCGCCUCUGCCUCUGAGUCGUCGUCGUCGGCCUCCGCCUCUGCCACUGAGUCUGCCUCUGCUUCGGCCUCCGCCUCUGCGUCGGCUAGCGAGUCUGCCUCUGCCUCGGCAUCGGCUUCCGCCUCUGCCUCUGAGUCGUCGUCGUCGGCCUCCGCCUCCGCCUCUGAGUCUGCCUCUUCCGCCUCUCCCUCUGCCUCUGAGUCCGCCUCUGCGACCUCGUCUUCCGCUACUGCUCCUCCUACCUCCACGUCCCUCUCGCCCGGCGUGAGCCCCACCGGCUCGCCCACUUCGACGUCGGCCACUCCCAGCGGCUCGACUGAAGUCUGCCCCCGCGGCUUUGAGGAGCGCGACGAGUACGAAGAGAUCUGGGUCACUGAGGAUGAGAUUCUCCCCGGUGACGUGAUUCUCCAGUAA